GGGCUUUUACCAAGCAAAUGAUAUAGGUGGAAUUUCUUGCUAGUAUCUCGACUGCAGGUCUUAAUGACUGUAGAGGCAGGGUUUGUGAUUUCGUUUGGUGGUUGGCAAGGUUUGAACAGUAGCAGGACAAACAAAUAGUGUAGAUAAUGAACUGAAUUUGAUGUGUAGGAAGACAGAAAUAUUUAUGUUAAAGAAUUAAUUGAGGAGUGAUUGUUCGUAGCAAAAAGUUUAAAAUGAAGAAGUGGUUGCAACGUAAUAAAGUUCCAAAGGAACCUCAGUAUGCAUCGGUUAUUCAAGGAGUAAAAGAACUGUACAACAAGCGUCUUCGUCCGCUCGAAGAUUUGUAUAAUUUUAAGGAUUUUCAUUCUCCGCCUCUAGACAAUGCCGAUUUCGAUGCCAAGCCAAUGGUCCUGCUGCUCGGACAGAAGUCUGUAGGCAAGACAACUUUUAUUCGUUAUCUCUUAGAACAGGAUUAUCCAGGCAUGCGGAUUGGUCCGGAACCAACCACUGAUCGAUUCAUUGCGAUUAUGAAAGGUGACGUUGAAGAUGUUGCGCCCGGGAAUGCUGCAGUCGCAGAUAAAAACCAUCAAUAUCAACCACUAACCAAAUUUGGUAAUGCCUUCCUCAAUAGAUUUCAAAUUGCUACGAUGAAGAACAUUGUUCUGGAUAAAAUCACUUUCUUGGACACGCCUGGAGUCCUCUCUGGAGAAAAGCAACGUCGCGAUCGUGGUUACGAUUUUUGUCAAGUUGUAGAUUGGUUAGGUGAACGUGUGGAUCGAAUUAUUUUGUUAUUUGAUGCUCACAAACUUGAUAUUUCGGAUGAAUUUGCGGAUGUUAUCAACACGAUUAAGAAAUAUGACGAUAAAAUACGAAUUGUUCUAAAUAAAGCCGAUGAAGUGACUGAUCAGGAAUUGGUUCGAGUUUACGGUGCACUAAUGUGGGCUCUGGGAAAAGUGAUGAAUUUCACUGAGGUACCCCGUGUGUACAUGGGAUCUUUCUGGGAUCAGCCAUUACAGCGAGAAACCAAUCGUGCUUUUUUCGAGGCAGAAGAAAUGGAUUUAUUUAAAGAUCUACAGAGAUUACCCAGUCAUUCAGCUCUGAGAAAAUUGAAUGAUUUGGUCAAAAGAGCUCGAUUAGCCAAGGUUCAUGCUUAUAUUAUCAGUCAUUUGAAGAAAGAGAUGCCGUCAGUGUUUGGUAAAGAUAACAAGAAAAAAGAAUUAAUUAAUAAAUUGCAGGAUACCUUUGAUUCCAUCCAACGGGAACAUCAGAUUUCACCAGGAGAUUUCCCAAAUCUUAAACGUAUGCAGGAACAACUACAAUUUCACGACUUCACCAAGUUCCACCCCUUGAAACCUAAACUUUUAGAGAACGUAGAUAAUAUGCUAGCCACAGAAAUAGCAAGACUGAUGCAACAGAUUCCUCUGGAAGAAGCAAACCAGACUGAUGUCAACGUUGUCCACGGAGGAGCUUUUGAGGGUUAUACUGAGAGUCCAUUUGGAAUCGGAAGGGGAGAAGGUAUAGACAAGGGACGAGGAGAACAUGAAUGGGUCGUGGCACAAGAACAACCAGAAUUCAACUCCACCUUUGAACGUCUCAAUCCUAUCAAUGGUAAAAUUACUGGCGCUGCUGCCAAAUCGGAAUUAGUGAAAUCCAAAUUACCAAAUUCAGUAUUAAGUAAAGUUUGGAAAUUAGCUGAUGUUGAUAAAGACGGAAUGCUGGACCAAGAAGAAUGGGCCUUGGCCAAUCAUCUUAUUAAGAUCAAAUUGGAAGGUCACGAUCUUCCGGCAGAUUUACCCGACCAUUUGAUACCGCCAUCAAAACGAGAUGACGUAAACUAAAGACUUAAAUUAAAUAGGAUAAAUUAUUUCAUACCAUCAAAACUAGCACGUGCGAAACAUAUAUAUUUUGAGGCAUCAAAUGCGGGAUUUGUUUCGAAUAUUAAUGGUAUAUAUUUACCUCUUAUAGUAUGUUGAAGUAAACUUUUAUUUUAACCAACCAUAACAAUAAUGUUAGCUUUAAAUUUCUUUUAGUGGCAUCUAUUAUUUAAUCUGAAAAUCUGCUGCAUGUUUUAAAAAUAGAGAAUAUCCUGUUUGAUAAAUGUGCACGUCUUUUAUAAAAAUUACUUACAUGUUUUUGGAAAAAAUGGGGGUAUAAGAAUAUAAUAAUAAUAAUAAUAAUAAAAACUUUGUUUAAUGAGGCAACUUAUUUAGUUUGCAACAACUAAUCUUCCAUAAGUCCCUCCUAAGCUACAAAACAUAUAUACAUGUAAUAAUAUCGACUGUAAUGUUGACAUCACAGAAGUAUCAUUUAUGUUCACAAAUUACAUCCAUGCCCUUGUACUGAAGUCAGAAAUUACUGUUUAUAUAGAAGUCAUAUAAGUAUUUUCAAGCUAACGUAAUUGUUACCAAAUAAGGAUUUUUUGUUGUUAAUACAUAUUUUAAUAUACUUUGUUGACCACUAUAACAUGUUACUAUAUAUAGCUGUAUAUUACAAACUAUCACAUUCUUCUGUCUAUAUCUACAUGUAUGUUAUAUAUAUAUAUAUAUAUCUUUUGUUUUCAUUGUGUACUUACCAUAUAUUUAUUGUGAAUUAUCAAGUUGAUAUGAGUUCAACACAGGGUCUUUUUAUACACUGGUAAAUCUAUUUUGGAUGAAAAUCACGAUUUAUUUGAAAUUUCACAUGUUAAAUCACAAUAUUUCUUUUAUUAUUUUGGGAUAAUUUUUUUUAAUAAAAAUGACAUAUUUUUCUCUGGACAAUGAGUUUUUUUAGGUCUUUUCAAAUUAACCAUGAAAUGAUUUUCUGUUGCUCAAAUUAGCCCAUACAGAGGUAAAUACAAACAACAUUUGCCGUGAGAAAUGACAGUUUUUAGACAAUAGAAUCAUAAUAUGCAGUUUUUCUUGUGAAGGUCGAGGACAAGUAAUCCUAAUUCAGUACUGUAAACAAAGUGCAAUGAGUGAAGGAAUAAAAUUUAUUAAACUAUGAAGGAAGGAAUAAAAAUUAUUAAAUUACGAAGGAAUAAAAUUUGUAAGAUUAUGAGGGAAAGAACAUUGUUAAUUUACGAAGGAAAGAACAUUGUUAAUUUACGAAGGAAUAAAAAAUGGUUAAUUUACGAAAGAAUAAAAAUUGUUAAACUAUGAAGGAAUAAAAAUUGUUGAUUAAAGAAGGAAUAGAGAUUGGUAAAUUGCACAAACAUACAUACUCGUUAAAGUAUUUAUUUUGUAUUUGUUCUAAUUUGUUUGCAUUUUGUUAGUUUAUUUGUGUGUGGACUAAUUCUAUAAAAUCAUAAUACUAAUUAAUUACUGAAGUCACUGAUUGUGACAUGAAGAAAUAACAAAUAAUGAAAUAAUAAAAGAGGAUAAAACAAUUUAUGAUGAUUUUAACAUGUAAUUUGUUUGUUUGCUUAUUUUUACGUUAAUGAUUUUAGAUGUGCGUGGGUUUUUUUGUGUUGGAUUUAAAAUAAUGUACAAGAAAAAUAAACCAAAAAAAUAUGUAUUAAUGGAAUAAGUUAAUUCAGUAGAUUGUCCUCAUCUGGGUUGAGUGAAGUGUUGUCAAACAUGAAGAUGCCUUUGGCUAGCAUUGUCUUUAGAGGGCCAUAUUCAGCUAGAUUUUAGAUUGUCCUCACUUGUUUUGGGCUGAGUGAAGGGUACAAAAAUACGCAAGAGACCUGAGGCUGAAAUAAACCUGUUAGGACCUUUCCGCUAGAUUUUAGAUCGUACUGUUGGUUAGAUAUCAUUCAGUAUAUAUCCUAUCAUGAACCUUUAAAUCAGAUUUUACGAAAAUCCAUAUAACUUUUGAUUCUUUGAUAAAGGUUCCGAAUAUUUUUGUAUAGGGUUACAUCUUUCAGCUUGGACCAGGGGGAGAUAAUUUACUGAUUUACUUUGUACUGUGUGCCGAUAUACCAUGUAUUAUAGAUGUAAAUAAACAUAUGGUUUAUUGUGUAUAGCUUAUUAAUAUUGUAUUUACUAGAUUAUUGUUAAUUAUUUGUGUACAAAUUGUAAAAAAAUAAUCCCAACUCAACCAUCUUUUUUAAUACCAAUAAUAAUGUCAUAUUAAUUUACUAUACACUAAUAUUACUGAAUUGUAACUCAUUAAAUUGUUACAACAUCCUGGAUAAUCAAUUUUAUCCCUUUGCUACAAUAUGAAUGUGUUUCAGAACUGAAAUGAAAUGGGGUUUAGCAUCCUACUUUCUGCACCGACUAGGCUAAUGCAGACAGGCAACUGCCAUGAAUUGUGCUACGAGGGAAAUUUUGCUUCAACAGCAGCAUUGUGGCUUUUCGCUAACUGGUCCGUGGAUCUUUGAUUUUAACUGCCAUUGUUAUACUCUGUUUUUCGUCCCAUCCGAACGUAAAUCAAAGCAUUAUCUAUUCAUGAGUUGCUCCAGUUCGAUGUUAAAAUGAGAACAGUUAAGUCAUAACCUGUGUGUAUGAUAUGUAAUUUAUCAUAAUUUUUUCGUAUUGUCUUAAAGAAUUCUGUGUAGUGUGCUCAUUCAAUAAUGAUAAAUAAUAUUCUAUUUAUAUAAUUUUGUGAUGGAAAUAUUUACAAGACCUAUCUCAGGCAGCAUCAAUUCUCCUGUCUUUUUUAAAACAUCAAUUCUCUCUUCUUUUUUUCAAAACAAUGUGAAAGGCCAGUUUUUAAUUUUCAAUACUGUAAAAUGUAACAGAAAAAGAUGAACACUAACUGGUCUCAUUUGUGGAUUUACAGGUGAUAAGACAGCCAAUAUUGCAUUUACCUACCUUAGAACACUAGGAUAGGGUUAUUUCCCUUUUUUAUGAUUUCGCGGUUGCCAAGGUUUUCUUAAUUACUUCUGGUGUCAUUUUUAUACCAAAAAAUAUUUUCCAUUUACUAAUCUCACUAUGGAAAUACUUGAACUAUAUUUGGUCUGUUUCACGGAACUGUUCAACUAUAUAAAUCAUACUUAAUUUCAAAAUUUCUUUUUUUAGAUUAUUUUUUUUUUUUCAAGUAUUGCUGUUAGAGCUGUCUUGUUUAAAGCUUAUGUGCCAAACUAUAUUUAAUUUGUUGAUAGUUUCAGGCUUUACAUAAUGUUAAUUUGUUUUUAUAUGAUAUUAAUUAAUUGUAUUGUCAGUGGCAUAAUUAAUUCACAGCAUAUAAUCAUUUUUUGAAACACGCAAGCGAUAUUUAUAAACAAAGUACAUCAUUUAUGUUCGCAUCACAGAAUUGCUUUGUUAUCUUUUCUUAAACUAAAAUGUUUUAAGUUUGUGAUCUUUUUAUUCACUACGAAUUAUGAAUUAAAAUCUCAACUAGUAUGAUGAGGCUCAGACAAAGAAAAGACUACAUCCUUGAAAUAUUUUAUUUAAAAUUUGAAUUUUUAUACAGAGUGAUGUCAAGCUAUUUGAAAUGCCAAUAAAUGUGCAAGCAACCUUAAUAUAAACUUUUUGUGGUGUGAACAAGUUAAGUGCAAUUAUAUGCUGGUGUAUAUGGAUUUAUUUAGUAAAUAUGUUGUAUGAUAUAAAACCAUUUAAUAUACUUUUAUACUAUACCUUUAUAUACACCAUUCUCAUAUACAUCGCUGUGCUAUUCUUACAGACCAGUUGAUUGAUUUGUAUGGCAAGCCAAAGCGAAAUUAAUUGCAAGACCGUUUUUCUGCAUGGAAAGAGAAAAAAUCGAGUAUAUAACAUGUGUUGACAUGUGAAAUUUUUCGUCUUGACAUGUGAAAAAUAAUUUUGUUGAAUUGUUUAUAAAAACCGAAUAUAGUGAUAAAAUAUUUCUGUGAACAGUAUAAUUGACUUGACUAUAACAAAAUACAAGAGCAGCAGUGGAAAUAAAUAAUCUUUAUUGAUAUACGUCGUUUUGUACAGAAAAAAAUGCUUGGAAGGUGAUGAAAAAAUUGUUAUAUACAAUACAGAAAAACAGUCUUGCAAUUAAUUCUGCUUUGGCUUGCCAUAGAUUCGGGUCCUGUGUAUUUAUUGUUCAGGACUUGAAUCUUAUCUCCUUUAUUUAGAUUAAAUGAUUCUUUGCAUUAAGAAUGCUGGUAUUUUUCAUUUUGGGUUUAAUAUUCACAUAGUGAAGAAUGAGAGAUUAGAUUUGAGAUCAAACAAGACCCAACAGAAUUUCAAUUUUUUAAGAGGUGCAUAUCCACAUCCUUUUAGAACCCCCCCCCACCCCUCAUCAUGUAAGAAUAUUGUCAAAGUGGUGAUCUCUAUGGGUGUGGUAACACAGUGUAUCAUGAAUUUAAGCCAACACAAACAAUUGUUCUGGUUAUUAAUAUGAAUAUAUAAAUUACUAACAUUGGUAGCUAGUUAGCUAGACCCUUUUCUAGUCUUGUGUGUAGUAUAAAUAUACAAGUAGUCAAUGAUGCAUAUAGUGUAGAGGAGUUGCCUCCCUUUGUGGAAAAUAAUGCAGGGGUUAUUUCCCAUUGUAUGGUUUAGUAAUUAAGACAGUCACUUGGUGAAUUUUAUUAUUUUUUUUAUUGACUUGUUGGAUACUAUAAAUCUCUGGGGCCCUAUAAGAGCAACCAGACAACCGAAAAAUAUAUUUUCAGAAUUCUAGGCUCAACAGUUCACGGUGGUGCCUAUAUAUAUAUUUUCCUUAAAAUUGGCCCCAGAGACUUGGUGUAUUUGUAAAUAAAAACUUCUCUUCAAAUUUAAAUCAAAACAACACGUUAAAAUUUGUUCAAGACAACACAGUAUUGUCGCCUACGUGUAGCUCAAAUUAAAUUUAAAACUGUUUGUAUUGAGUGUUAUUUUUGAUUUUAAUCAAGUCCCGUCUAUAAUUGCAACUGUUAAAAAUAACACAGAAUUGAAAUACAUUGGUAAUAUUGAAAUAAAACCAUACUACUAUGAA